AUGAAGUACUUAGAAUGGUUACAACAAAAUAAAGAAACAGAAAUAUACAAGAUACUUAAAUUAAAAAAAGAGGAUUAUCCAUUUGAAUAUCUUUUUCAAGAAAGUGGAGAAAUAUUAAAUAAAGAAACUAGUAAACUUAUUUCGUUAAGAUCAUAUUUAUUUUCUAUUCCUAUGUUUCAUUAUCUUCAGCCUUAUUCAAAUUUUAUUUCUCUUAUUGAUUUUGGAAAAUAUCUCUGUAAUGAAUUAAAUAAAGAAGUACCAGCUGAAAAUUCUCCUCAGUCUAUAACUCAUCAAUCAUCAAAUACUCCUUUAAAACGUACUUCUUCAACUCGUUCUUCAUUAACGGUUUUUAUUCCUAUAAAAAAGACGGCGUCUUCUAGUUCUUUAGAGCUUGGUGUAGACCUUCCUCCUAAUCAAGAAAUAUCUCUUUCAAAACCAAUUCAAGUAAUCCCUAUUAAACCUAAAUUACCUGAAAUACAUCAUCCAAUUAUUAUGAGUUUAAUUGACCAAUUACCGGUUAGAUUUAAAGAAACAUUACUUUCAUAUUAUACACUCUCAAAAGUACUUUAUAUUAUCCAGCCAAAACAAAAUUUUGAAACAGUUAAUAUACGUCAAAGUGCUUUUAUAAGAGUAAUUAACAAUUCUGGAAUUGAUGUGUCAGGGUGUGUAACAAUAGAUAAAACUGAUUAUUUAUUUGAACAAUAUAAUGAAAAAACAAAAUAUAAAGUUAUUCCUUAUCCAAUUAAAAAUGGAAGAUAUAAAAUUAAAUCAAAUGAAAUUAUUGUUAUUUUUACUUGUAAUCAAGAAAGUCCAUCUGAAAUAAAAGAUAGACUAAUUAAUGAAAUUAAUAAAGAACAUCGUUAUACUGAUAAACUUGUAGAUGAUAUUAUUAAUGAUGGUGAAAUGGAAUUAGAAAACAGAGUUGUUAUUUCGUUGAAUUGUCCAUUCUCUAAGUGUAGAAUGAAUAAUCCAGUAAAAGGAAAACAUUGUAAUCAUAAUUUCUAUAUGGAUGCAAUAAGUUUAAUUACUAGCUGGCAACAUAAACCUUGGAUUUGUUGCUUUUGUAAGCAAGUCUGUUAUUGGGAAGAUAUUGAAUUAAAUAUUAGACUUCAAGAAAUUAUUCAAAAAGCACCUCCAAGUGCUGAGUUUGUUGAAAUUAUUAAUGGGGUUGUUAAUUAUAAAGACGAAAAUAAAAAUGAUUUAAUGUUAACAAAUGAUGUUAUAGAUGCUGAUAGUUAUCCAAGUGUUAUUGAUGUUGACGAUAUCGACGAUAAUACUAAUGACACCUAUCAUAAUAAUAUUGAAAGUAAACAAAACUCAAAUGGUACACUUUUUAGUGAUAGUACUCAAUUAGAAAGAAAAGGUAUUGACGACGAUUGUACAAUUACAAAAAUUAAAUCAAUCAAUACAUUUCAUCAUUCUACUUCAACAGAAGAAAAUUUUUCUUUUCAUUGUGAUUAUGAGAGUGAUUAUGACUAUACCUCUGACGAAACUAUAGAAAACAAUCCUGAUAAGGUUAAUUUUUAG